AUAGGUGAACCGACCGAACCAUAUAGACCUUGAGAGUGUUUGUGUUCGCCACAUCCCAAGAGCACUCUACUAUGGAAAUCCAAGGACUCAGAUAUCCAUUUUCUGAAAAUAGGACCCGGGUUGAUUGAACAUGAGCAUACGGGUUAGUAUGAUUUUGGUUCUUCACAGACACUCUUCUGAUCUUCUUUACAUACGGGGGCCUUCAAAUUAAUGGUUAUUCGUUUACAUAAACACAUUGAAUCAGCAUAGGGAUUCUUCUUUAGCGGCGCUGAUGAUCAUCUUCCCCACAUCGAGCUUUUGAUAACUGGCUGCACACACGGAAUCAAUCGUAUGGCAAGUCGUUCAGUUAGCGGCUUAACAAGACGAUGCGUUGCUUCAUUUUUUAAACCCGCUUUCACCUCCUCUCAAAGGCAAAUUAUACGUCAAGAACCCACUUUUGGUUCACCCAUUUCGUCGAACAGCAGGUGGGCAUUAAGAAACUUGACCAUUUUUAGGCACUACGGGUCACCGACAUCACAUUUAUCAUCUGUGCGAUGCGUGAUAUCAGAAGGCAAACCCAAAUUCGAUAUAUUUGAAGUUGAUCCGCCGAAGAAAUACAAGUGGCAGACAAAGAAACGGCUGAAGCUGAAGAGGAAGAAAGAAAAGCAAAAAAGAAAAUCGGCUAACAAAAAUGACCCCCGUCGUCUCACCAUCAAAGGAUCUAAACGCAAAGGCAAGUUCGCUAAUGCUGAAGAACGAAUCAAAUAUAAGCUCGAAAAGGCAAGACUUAAGGAAUCUUUACUUAUUGAAAGGCUCAAACGGUACGAAGUUUCUAAACUUCAGGGACCAAUGGUGAAACCGGUUGACAUGACAGGUGAAGAACGAUUCUACAUGAAAAAGAUGGCUCAAAAAGGGUCGAAUUAUGUACCGGUUGGAAGAAGAGGUGUAUUUGGAGGUGUUAUUCUUAAUAUGCACAUGCAUUGGAAAAAACAUGAGACGGUAAAGGUCAUUUGCAAGCCUUGUAAACCCGGUCAAGUUCAAGAUUAUGCUAAUGAAAUUGCAAGGUUAAGUGGCGGAAUCCCGAUACAAAUAAUCGGAGACGACACCAUUGUUUUUUAUCGCGGAAAGGAUUAUGUGCAGCCUGAGGUCAUGAGUCCAAUUGACACCUUGUCAAAGAAAAAGGCGCUAGAAAAGUCAAAAUACGAACAAUCACUCGAAUCUGUAAGGCAUUUCAUCGCUAUAUCUGAGAAGGAACUAGAACUCUAUCAAAGGCACGUUGCACUUUAUGGUAACCAUGCUGAUCAUGAACCUAAAACUGUCAUUAAUGGUGCAAGUGAAGGCGCAGUAGAACCAAAAAAAGUCGUAGAAAUUGACAGAUCCAACAACAAACUAUCAGAAAAUGAAGAUGAUUACGAUGAUGACUAUGACAGUGACGAUGAUUACGUUAUGGCCUUAAGUGAUAUGAACUGCACAGAUGAGUCUAGCACUGAAUCAGAUUCUUGUAAUGAAGAAACUUAAUGUAACAAUUAAGUCUCAAUUCUUUUAUCAAAUCCAAGUCCACCAAAAUAGUAAGGAUUCUGUUAUCAUAUCAA